AUGCUUCCCACGGAAGUCUGGGACUACGUCGUCGUCGGCGGUGGCCUCGCCGGCACCGUCGUCUCCAGCCGAUUGCUUGCGUUGAAUAGCUCAGCCAAAAUUCUCGUCAUCGAGGCUGGCCAGAGUGCGGCUGGUCGUUCAGACAUCCUCUAUGUCAACUCUACCAACCUGAUCCAGGGCGACUUUGACUGGAACGACUACUCCAUACCGCAGCCGCAGCUCGACAACCGCACCAUCCAAAUGGCUGCCGGCAAAGGCCUCGGCGGUGGUUCCCUUAUCAAUACCUGCAAGUAUUCCUAUUCGAGCGGAUGGAUGCGUGGUGCUCGAGUCGACUACGACGAGUGGGCCGAACUAGUGAACGAUUCUCGCUGGAGCUAUGAAAGCCAGCUGCCGUACUUCAAACGGACUGAAGAGUACUGGACAAGAGACGUCAAUUCCGAACAGCACGGCAACGAAGGACCCUUGAAGAUUGAGGUUCCAUCAGUCACUGGUCGUGUGUACCCUCUCCGGGACGCCGUUCUUGACUCGUAUGCGUCUGUUGGAAUCGAGGCUUUGCCAGGACUGGAUGCCAACGGAGGCUCCAACAUCGGCGUUGGUGAGAUUUCUGAGAAUCGCCGUGACGGUGUCCGCCAGAUUACUCCCGAAUACUAUUCGCUAGACGGCGCAACCAUCAUGACAGGCACUUUGGUAGAGAAGGUCCUCAUUGAUGAGGACGACUUGGGCAAUCUUGUUGCAACAGGUGUUCGCCUUGCAAAUGGUACCGAGAUCCGUGGCAAGCAAGUCAUCGCUGCUGCGGGUGCCUAUCGCACACCCCAGCUGCUCAUGCUCUCUGGUAUCGGCCCAUCUGACGUUUUGCAACAACAUGGCAUUGAGCAAAGGGUUGAUUUGCCGGAGGUUGGGAGGAACUUUGCUGACCAUCCCUUCUUCAUUGCUAAUUGGAGGCUCGCCCCGGAGUAUCGCAACACCACCGUUGACUCUGGCAACCCAUUGUUCUUCAAGCCGGAAUAUGGCCUCGGACAGCCAAACAACUUUGUUGCCUCGUUUAAUGUCGAAGAUAAGACUGGCCUAAUUGAGGUGAUCAGCAGUGAGGAAGGCAAGGAGCCAGAUGCCGAAACGCACCCUCUGCUCAAGAACGAGAGAACUCUCAUGGAGGCUUUCGUGCUGUAUGUCAACACCAACCCCAGUCUGCCGUCGAACUACACCUACUUGACAACCGCCAACGUUGGGCUCCUGCCUACCUCCCGCGGUUCCGUCACCAUCGCCUCUCGCAACCCAGAAACGCCUCCUCUGAUCGACCCCAACUUCUUCGCUUCCGAGGUUGAUCGCUUCGUAUGGCGCGACUCGAUUCGCCGCAUGAUCCGCAUGAUGAUUGGCGGCGAAUCGACUCUUAGCCGUGGGAUCGUCGAAGCCGAAGCGCCGCCCGCCGAAUUGAAAGCUCUCACGGUGGAUUCUACCGAUGAGGAGAUUGAAGCACGUAUUCGCGCGGUAGUUAUCGGCACCUACCAUCCUAUGGGAACGUGUGCCAUGGGCAAAGUUGUCGAAAGUGACUUGCGGGUGAAAGGGGUCGCCAACCUGAGCGUUGUGGACGCUUCUGUGUUUCCGACCAUCAUUACGGCUCACAUUCAGGCAGCGGUGUACGCUCUUGCCGAACAAGCGGCAGAAAUCAUAGCCUUUUCAUAG